AUGCCAAGUACCAGUUUUCCAGUCCCUUCCAAGUUUCCACUCGGCCCUCCGGUUGCAGUCUGCGGGAGCGGGGAAACUUUGGGGCCCUCGGCGCCCGCCGGCGGCACCAUGAAGUCGGCAGAGGAAGAGCACUACAGCUACGCCGCCCCUGGCCUGGGUGUGGGCCUGCCCCUCUCUGCAGUGCAUCCCUCGCUGCCUGCUCCAUGCCACAACCUGCAGAGCUCGGCCGUGGGCGGCUCCACCGUGGGCUACGGAGGGGCGGUGGACAGCGGGCCCUCCGUCUGCAUCCUGUCGUCGGGCGGCGUCGGGCCCAACGGGGCGCCGGCCCUUGAGAGCCCGCGCAUCGAGAUCACCUCCUACCUGGGGCUGCAGCACAGCAGCAGCUCCUUCCUGCAUGAGGUGGAUGUGGAGGACGUGCUCCCCAAGCGGUCCCCGUCCACCGCCACGCUGAACCUGCCCAGCCUGGAGGCCUACCGCGACCCCUCCUGCCUGAGCCCCGCCAGCAGCCUGUCCUCCCGCAGCUGCAACUCCGAGGCCUCGUCCUACGAGUCCAGCUUCUCGUACCCAUACGCGUCCCCACAGACGUCCCCCUGGCAGUCCCCCUGCGUGUCCCCCAAGACCACAGACCCCGAAGAGGGCUUCCCCCGCGGCCUGGGGGCCUGCGGCCUGCUCGGGUCCCCGCGGCACUCGCCCUCCACCUCCCCCCGCACCAGCGUCACUGAGGAGAGCUGGCUGGGGGCCCACACGUCCAGGCCCUCAUCCCCCUGCAACAAGCGCAAGUACGGGCUCAAUGGCCGGCAGCCAUCCUGCUCCCCGCACCCCUCGCCCACGCCGUCCCCGCAGGGCUCGCCGCGGGUCAGCGUGACCGACGACACGUGGCUGGGUAACACCACGCAGUACACCAGCUCCGCCAUCGUGGCCGCCAUCAACGCCCUGAGCACCGACGGCAGCCUGGACCUGGGUGAUGGCGUCCCGCUCAAGGCCCGCAAGACCACGCUGGACCACUCGCCCGCGGUGGCGCUCAAGGUGGAGCCGGCGGGCGAGGACCUGGGGGCCACGCCGCCCACGCCCGACUUCCAGCCCGAGGAGUUUGCGGCCUUCCAGCACAUCCGCAAGGGCGCCUUCUGCGACCAGUACCUGUCAGUGCCGCAGCACCCGUACCCAUGGGCCCGGCCACGGUCCCCCGCGUCCUACACCAGCCCAUCCCUGCCGGCUCUCGACUGGCAGCUGCCGUCACACUCAGGACCCUACGAGCUGAGGAUCGAGGUGCAGCCCAAGUCCCACCACCGCGCCCACUACGAGACGGAGGGCAGCCGCGGGGCCGUGAAGGCAUCAGCCGGGGGUCACCCCAGCGUGCAGCUGCAUGGCUACAUGGAAAGCGAGCCGCUCACCCUGCAGCUCUUCAUCGGCACGGCAGACGACCGGCUGCUGAGGCCGCACGCCUUCUACCAGGUGCACCGGAUCACGGGCAAGACUGUGUCAACCACCAGCCACGAGGCCAUCCUCUCCAACACCAAGGUCCUAGAAAUCCCACUGCUGCCGGAAAACAACAUGCGCGCCAUCAUCGACUGUGCUGGGAUCCUGAAACUCAGGAACUCCGACAUCGAGCUGCGCAAGGGGGAGACGGACAUCGGGAGAAAGAACACACGGGUGCGGCUGGUCUUCCGCGUCCACAUCCCGCAGCCCAACGGCCGGACGCUGUCACUGCAGGUGGCCUCCAACCCCAUCGAGUGCUCCCAGCGCUCGGCCCAGGAGCUGCCCCUCGUGGAGAAGCAGAGUGCGGCCAGCGGCCCCGUCCUUGGAGGGAAGAGGAUGGUCCUGUCUGGCCACAACUUUCUGCAGGACUCCAAGGUCAUUUUUGUGGAGAAAGCACCAGAUGGCCACCACAUCUGGGAGAUGGAGGCAAAAACCGAAGGAGACCUGUGCAAGCCGAACUCGCUGGUGGUGGAAAUCCCGCCUUUCCGCAACCAGAGGAUAACCAGCCCUGUGCAGGUCAACUUCUACGUCUGCAACGGGAAGAGGAAGCGGAGCCAGUACCAGCACUUCACCUACCUGCCUGCCAAUGUUCCAAUCAUAAAAACGGAGCCCAGCGAUGAUUACGAGCCUGCCCUCACCUGUGGACCAAUGAGCCAGGGCCUGAGCCCGCUCCCCAAGCCUUGCUACGGCCAGCCGCUCGCCCUGCCACCCGACCCGGGCGCCUGCCUCAUGCCCGGCUUCCCGCCCCGUCCGCAGGGCAGCGCCAGCCCCGAGCUCCACGACCUCUCCUGCGCCCCUUACGGCUCGGCCACAGCCGGCCCUGGCCACAGCCCUCUCGGACUUCCGCGGCAAGUCGGCGGGGUCCUCGCCGGCCAGGAGGCGCUGAGACCCUCGGGCGUGCCUCCCGGGCCCCCCCAGCCGCCGCCUCCCACUCUGCUGCAGCCACAGGUGAGUCCGAAGUCGAGCGGUAGCUGCUCCCCGGGGUGCCGGCCAGCGCUCUGUCCCCACAGCCCCUCCUCUCCGCUGCCACCCGGGACCCGAGAGCCGACCCGCCUGCAGUCCUGUGGCCCAGCGCGCCCCUGCGGGACGGGCCGCCAGCAGCACCAGCCACCCGAGGUUCCGAGCAGCGAGCCCACCACCGCCCGGCCCCCGCCGCCGCCCGAGGUGCGUGAGGACAGUAAUCGUAGUCUGGCCCCCAUUCCCGUAACGGUCAAGCGAGAGCCUCAGGAGCUGGACCCGCUCGACCUGGACGACGUAAAUGAGAUAAUCCGCAAUGACCUCUCCAGCACCAACAUCCACUCGUAG